AUGCCGCAAGAUACAACGCAACAACAGCAACAUCAAUCAACACCACAACAUUUGGCUACUAAUACAUCCAAUGCAACAACUGAACCUCGGAAAAAACGAGCCAAAAUUAUGAGUGCAUGUGGAGAAUGUCGUCGUAAAAAGACAAAGUGCAAUGGAGAGCAACCAUGUAGAAAUUGUCAAAAGUCAAAUGCCGCCUGUAUUUAUCCAACAGCUUCACAAAUGGAUGAUAAACGAACUCAUGGCGGACCUUCGAAAGCAGCUCUGGAAGCCAUCGAGGAUAGAUUAAAAGCAAUUGAAGACAUGUUGAAAACCAUCCUGCAAUCCCAAUUUCCUGUGCAAGAGCUAGAUCCGGUUGCAGUCAAUAAUUUUUUGACCAAAAGCAAUGACAAUAACAGCAAUAAUAGUAGUAAUUAUAACAAUAGACUACCUUCUAUACACAAUCUUUCAGCAGCUUUGCCGACAGAUGCCACUACAAAUGCAUCAUAUCAUCAUCACCCUCCUACUUCUUCCUCCUCUUCCGCUUCUUCUCACCACCACCACCACCACCACCACCAUGGCAUGGUAUCACCUUCUACGCCAAAUGUGAAUCAUUUGCCCCCGCCUAUCGGAUUAAUGCAUAAUGAAGGGUAUCAACAGCAGCAACAACAUCUAACAUCUAUCUAUCAGUCUCAAGAGCAACAAUAUUCUCUUCAGUCCAUGAAGAAACGAAAGAGAUGA